UUUGAACGAUUCAGUCCGAUUUGGUGAACUGGUUCGACCGGUUCAUUAAAAUGAAUCAACCGGUUCAAAAGAACGAUCACUAAUGAAUAUAUUACAACAACACACCUCAAAACUGCUGCGCUGAUUCGUGAUUCAGUCACCCGAUUAUCUUCUACAUCUCGACAGACACGCAGUCGGAGCUUGCCUGAGGUGAUCAUUAACACACACACACACGAGAACCGGUGCCGUGUACAGAAGCAGCCGGAGGAGCCGAUGAAGACUUUACUCGGACUGGAUUGGAGUCUGGAAAGCAGUCCUUGAUCCGCUACAGUGGGAGUGAAGCCAGUGACGCCACACCGUCUGCAGACAUGGCUCCCAAGACCAGGAGCGACUUCCUUCAAUACGCCCAUCCGCUCACUCUGGAUCUGAACACGGUGAACAAACACCUCCAGCUGUCUGAGGGCAACACACUGAUCUCCGGCAACUUCAGCGAGCUCCAGUCGUACCCCGACCAUCCGGACCGGUUCGACUCGUACGAGCAGGUGUUGUGUAGCGAGAGUGUGUGUGGCCAGCGCUCCUACUGGGAGAUCGAGUGGCGCGGCGGCGUGUCCAUAUCGGUGUCGUAUAAGAGCAUCGGCAGGAAGGGAUGGGGGGAUCGCUGUGGCUUCGGCUUUAAUGAUCAGUCCUGGAGUUUGGACUGCACUCCCUCCGGUUACUCCUUCAUACACGACAACAGAGAGACCAAACUGCGGGCCGUGCCCAGCCGUAGAGUAGGGGUGUAUGUGGAUCACGGCGCAGGAACUCUGUCCUUCUACAGCGUCAGCAGAGACACCGCCAGCCUCAUACACACCGUCCACACCACGUUCACACAGCCGCUCUAUCCCGGCUUUUAUGUUUUUCUUGGAUCGUCAGUGAAACUGUGUUGAUGAGAACAGACUACAGAGAGAUUCUACCCAUAAUGCUUUGGGCCACAUGAUAAGUCAGUAUCAGUGAGACAUUAUAAAGUCUCUUAUUUUCUCUUCAUUACAUUAAUAACACAUCAGUGUGUGUAUCUGUGGUUUUUUGAUGAAGCUUCAUUUAGCUUAAUAGUUGAGGUACAUCAGUCAUUCAUCAUUUAUGUAGAAUUGGGAUUUGUUAAACAUAUUUUAAUCCUGGUGUAUUUUAGAGGUUUAAGCACUUUUGUAUUUGUACUAUUUUCCCAGUUAUUCUUUCAAUCAAAUAAAAAAUGAAUGAAACUGA